GUCCUCAAGGCCUGCUCCGAUCGGUCUGCUUUCCAUCUCGCAAAAUCCGUUCAUUCCCAUGUGUCAAAAUUGGGUUUUGAUCGGCUCGCUGUGGUGCAAACCUCUCUACUUGAUGCCUAUGCUCGGUUCUCGGAUCUGGAUAAUGCUCGUAAGAUAUUUGAUGAAUUGGCUGACCGAAAUGUUGUUUCUUGGACGGCUUUGAUAUCUGGUUAUGCUCGAGUAGGGAGGGUGGGGAAUGCCAUUGCUCUGUUUGAGGAAAUGCCUGAACGGGAUGUCCCAUCCUGGAAUGCCAUGAUUGCUGGAUGCACGCAGAAUGGGAUGUUCUCAGAGGCGGUGACUCUAUUUCAAAGGAUGCAGAAGGAGAAUGCCCGGCUGAAUGAUACUACUGUGACAUGUAUGCUUUCAGCUUGUGGGCAUCUUGGUGUUCUCCGGCUUGGGAAAUGGAUCCAUGGCUAUGUUAUAAAGAACCAGAUAAGAAUUAGUUCUUUUGUAUUGAACGCUCUCAUUGACAUGUAUGGAAAAUGUGGAAGUUUGAUGGAAGCGGGUUUUGUUUUUCGAACAUUGUUUGAACCAAGCUUGACGGCAUGGAAUUCUAUGAUUAACUGCCUUGCACUUCAUGGGCUCAGUGAGCGUGCCAUUUCAGUCUUCAAUGAUAUGGAAAAUCAGGGAUCCAGACCUGAUGAGAUUACUUUUGUCGGACUUUUGAAUGCUUGUACUCAUGCCGGAUUGGUCGAUGAAGGGAUGAGUUAUUUCAACUCCAUGAGAAGAACUUAUGGGAUUGAGCUGAAGAUCGAACAUUAUGGAUGUGUGGUAGAUCUUCUUUGUCGUGCUGGGAGAUUUGAAGAGGCAAUGGGAGUAGUAAAGGACAUGAAAAUUGAACCUGAUGAGGUUAUUUGGGGUUCUUUUCUGAAUGGUUGCAAGGUUCAUGGAAAUUUCAGUUUGGCAGAGUUUUCAGUUAAAAAACUUAUUGAGAUUGAUCCAAGCAAUGUUGGUUAUGGUGUGAUGUUAGCAAACUUGUACAGCAAACAUGGAAAGUGGGAAGAGGUGGGACAUGUUAGGAAGAUGUUGAAAGAUGGUGGAGGGAAGAAGUUACCAGGCUGCAGUUGGAUUGAGGUGGAUAACAGGGUUCACCAAUUUUACUCAGGUGAUAAA